AUGCUGGAGGGUUCCUCCGGAAACAAGCCGGGCUUUCACAAGCUCAGGGAGGUGUGCUCCCGCCGACCGGGAACUCCGGUCAGGGCCAUCGUCGGUGGAGGCGAUGGCACAGUGAUGUGGGCAGAUUCCGAGGCGACCAAGCACGGGAUCCAGACGCCGACACAGGUAGCGUGGGGCAUUGUCCCGCUGGGCACCGGCAACGACUUCUCGCGUGUCGCUGGCUGGGGCGGCAACAACCCCGAGGGGAUCGACGAGAACAACUGGGAGCUUCUGAAGACGCUGGUCAUGAGAUGGGCCAAUGCCACCGUCCGUCACCACGACGUUUGGGAGGUGACCAUCAACCUCGACCACGGUGACGGCCAGCUUCUGAAGAUCGGAAAAGAGCAGGUAGAGGAGGACCUUGAGGUCGUCAGCAAGACCUUCUACAUGGUCAACUACUUCUCCAUCGGUCCAGUCCUCAGAUUUGGGGUGUUGGCUCGAGCGCUCGGGAUUGCAGGGCGCAGAUUCCACACGCAGGGGCCAAAAGAUGCGGCUGACUCGGAAUCCAAAGAGAUUUUGCCAGUCUGCCUAUCUGUUGGCAUGCACUUUGACAAGCACCGGACGAAGAGCCAGACGUGCAACCUCUUCGUUUAUGGCGCUGCUGGCUUCGUGCAGGAGCUGAGGUGUUGGGGCGUCCAGCAUGUCGGCAACAUCGUGGCCAACCUUUACACUGGAACGACCAAAAAUCCUGAUAAACUCAUCCUCGACAGCGAGGGCGACGCUGGAGAGCCUCAGCUCAUCGGAAACCCGGAGAGCCUGAUGUUUCUCAACAUCUCCUCGUACGCCGGGGGCAAGGCGCAUCUCUGGCAGAGCGAGUGCGAUGUAGGCGUGGACCCACCCCCUCCUUCUGGGACGCUGAGUGGGGAGCAGGACCCUGGCGAUGGAAAGCUUGAAGUGGUGACACUGCCACUCAUCGCAAACAUCGCCAUGGACAACCUGGUCCACCAGGCGAGAAGAGUUUGCCAAGGUGAAUCCUACUUCCUUGAGUAUUUCAAGAACGACGAUGGCAUGAACAUCUAUUUUGAGGUAGACGGUGAGUUCUACCACGCGGUAAACCCGGAUAGCACCGUGGUGAAGCUCUACAAGAAGCUGCAGGUUCUCCAGAAGAACAAGCUCGAUGUAGAGGAAUCAGACAGCGAUUGGCUGGAUGACUUCGUCCCUGAGAGCAUGGGCUGCCUGAAGAUGUACCUAGGAUUCCAGUCACAACGUGCCGACUUCAAUGUCGCCGAAACGUCCGUGAAGGCAAGCCUAGAACAGUUCGACGUGCAUCGGUCCUCGUCACAGCCUUCUUCCAUCUUAGCCGUUUGCACCUUCCGCGAUGGCGCAUUGUGCUGGUGGUUUGAAGACCAGAAUGAUCUCGCACUCGCCCUGGGAGACUUUGAGGCAGAGCUAGAGCCGAUGAGUGAGGACGACGAGACCGAGCCUAUUUGGCUCCGUGGCGACGGUAUCGAGGUGCCCGACCCAAAGGUGGCCGAGGACGCGGAGGUUUGCGCCGCCUUUCUCGAUGGCCUCACCGGGGGCGACGUCGAACUCGACAUGGCCUUUCCACAGUACGUGCCGAAUCUGGCACGCUACCUCGUGGGCCAUCCUGAGGCACUGGUUUCCAAGAAGCGGAAGGGCCACAAGAAAGGCGCCGGGAAGCGGUACUUCGGUGCUGAAGAACGAUCCGAGGACGUCAUGGCCGACAAGGUGAUCGUCGGGUGCUGGGUCUGCGGCAAGCUAGACCACGAGAGCCAGGACUGUGUCUUUAAACGGUGCUUUGUCUGCUCGGAGCAGGGCCACGAGAGCUCCGAGUGCCAACUCCGGCACCUGAGUUGCAGCAGGUGUCGGCGCCAGGGCCAUGUGGCGGAGUACUGCCCCCAGGAGGUCUAUGACGAUGGGCUGAACAAUGAGGCCGACGUCAGCUUCUGUCGCUGCCUGAAGUGUGGCGAAGAAGGUCACAUCAACUGCUGCGAAGUGAUCCCGGAUUCCAGCCGCUUCAUCUUCCUGCAGGAGCCGAGCCCAUCGGAACCGAGCCUGCGGGAGAUGGGGCGACAGGGCUCCGAGGACUCGCCAAGCUGGCAGCCGCAGCAACAGGGGUGGAACGGAUACCGAGGCGGCUGGGGCUUCGACGACUGGUCCGCAGCGGGCCCAAAGGCCUUCUUUGACCUCGCGCCGUGGUUGCUUCAGGGCGCUGCCACUGGCAAUUUUGGAUGGGCUCCGCCGCCCGGCGAUGGCGGUGGCUACGGUGGAAGAAAUGGUGGUGGUGGCGGCUGGCGCAAUGGCAACAGCAAAGGUUGGGGUGGCGGCGGCUGGGGCAACGGAUGGGGCCGCUCCCAAAGCUGGGACGAUGGCUGGUCCUCCCAGAAGCGACGCAGGCAGAACUACUGA